UGAAAGCUAUUCAAAAGCCAUUAACUGGCAGGACUGCGAGAGCCGCAGUGCAGCAGCACACCUCAGUGCUGGAAGAAUGUGGCUGCAAGUGCACACCAAUUAAAUCUUUCUAUUCCUGGGGAUGUGGGAUUAGGAACGGUGUCAAUCAAUUGGGCGACAAUAGCACGUGCAGUAGUCACGGUUCAAGAUGCACGGAGGUUUAUCAGAACUCUAGCAGUCGGGAGAGGAUGACUUGGAAGCCUCUUCAAGAUCCUGGAACAGAAACUACAGUAAAUAAUGUAUUCUGAGGUAUACUGGAUACCUGAGGAAGGGCUCUAAAUAAUGCAUUUUCUGAGCACGACAGUUGUAGCAGAGGAGAAUGCCGAAACCUGUAGCAAGACUACAGCCUGAGAUGAAAGAAUGUCUCAUUACCAUUUUAUCAAGUGCUGCUGUUUCCAGCUAUGUAAUGUUUUUCGGUCCCAUGAGAUGGAAAUUGAGCAGUGUUUGCUGGAGUCCCUUCCUCUUGGCCAGCGGCAGCGACUGGUGAAGCGAAUGCGCUGUGACCAAAUAAAGGCGUAUUACGAACGGGAAAAAGCUUUCCAGAAACGAGAGGACUACGUGAAAAAACUGAAACAUGGCAAGAAUCAUCGAGUUCAUUUUAAUCUUCCUGAUAUGGUACAGGAUGCAAUCAAGCGUCAUGAUGAUAAAGAAGUGCUGCGGCUGUUGAAGGAUGGUGCUGACCCUCAUAUGCUUGUUUCCUCAGGAGGCUCCUUACUCCAUCUGUGCGCCCGCUACGAUAAUGCAUUUGCUGCAGAAAUUCUGAUAGACAGAGGAGUCAAUAUAAAUCAUCAAGAUGAGGAUUUUUGGACAUCGAUGCAUGUAGCCUGUGCAUGUGAUAAUCCUGAUAUUGUUCUGCUACUCCUACUCGCUGGAGCAAAUGUGCUGCUGCAAGAUGUGAAUGGAAACAUUGCACUUGAUUAUGCCAUAGAAGGGACUGAAUCUAGCAGCAUCCUUCUGAUGUACUUGGAAGAAAAUGGUGUAGAGCUGAAUUCGUUGCGCCAAAUGAAGAUACAGAGACCUGUGACAAUGCUUACAGAUGUCCGACAGCUCAUAUCAAGUGGAGGAAGCGUGAAUCAGAAGAAUGAUGAAGGAGUUACCUUGCUGCACGUGGCCUGCGCUAAUGGAUACAGGAAUGUCGCAUCUCUGAUAUUGGAUCAUGGGGCUGAUCUCAAUGCAGUGGAUAAUCAGUACUGGACGCCUCUACAUUUAGCUGCAAAGUAUGGACAGACCAACCUUGUGAAGCUGCUUUUGAUGCACUGGGCAAAUCCCAAUCUUCUUAACUGCAAUAAUGAAAAGCCUUCAGAUGUUGCAGCUUCUGAGUUUAUUGAGGAGAUGCUUCUGAAGGCUGAAAUUGUUUGGGAGGAAAAAAUGAAAGAUCCUUUAGCUGUUCCUGCUUUAUCUCAAGAAGAGCCAUAUGAAGAGAUCAUCCAUGAUCUGCCCACAAUUUCCAAUAAACUCAAUCCCCUGGCUUUACCGAUCGCCAAGCAAGACAGUUUGCUGGAGAAAGACACCAUGUUUAAAGACGCAGCCAAAGGCUUAUGUAAGCAGCAAUCUCAAGACAGUACAUCGGAAAAUGUCGCUGCGAACACUACAACCAAACUCGAACAGAUCAAGCUAAUGCCCCCAGCUCCAAACGAUGACCUGGCAUCUCUGAGUGAGCUAACAGACAGCAGCCUGCUUUACGAGAUUCAGAAGCGUUUUAAUAAUAAUCAAAUAUAUACCUACAUUGGUGACAUACUGUUGCUGGUUAACCCAUUUAAAGAACUUCCUAUUUAUUCUACCAUGGUCACCCAGCUUUACUUAAGUAACUCUGGAAAACUGUGUUCCUCACUUCCCCCACAUAUAUUUUCCUGUGCUGAAAGAGCUUACCACAUGCUAUUCCAGGAGCAGCGCCCCCAGUGCUUUAUCCUCAGUGGAGAAAGUGGUUCUGGGAAGACUGAAGCCUGCAAACAGAUAGUGAAGCAUCUCGCUUGCAGGGCAAGCUCCAGCAGAAAUAUCUUUGAAAUAAAGAUGAAACAUGUAAACUGUAUCUUGGAGGCCUUUGGACAUGCUAAGACACCCUUGAAUUAUUUCUCCAGCUGUUUUAUAAAAUAUUUUGAGUUACAGUUUUGUGAGAAGACAAAAACAUUAGUGGCAGCUAGGCUUUAUACCUACAUGUUGGAGAAAUCUCGUGUCAUUAUGCAGCCUCUCAACCAGAGUAAUUUUCACGUUUUUUACUUGAUGAUGGAUGGGCUUUCUGCUGAAGAAAAAUACACCCUAUACCUCAGUAAUUUCUCUGCACACAGGUACCUAAGCCAGACCAUACUGGAAGACACAACGUUAACAGGCAACCCUCAAAACAGGGAGAAAUUAGCCAUGCUAAAACAAGCUCUAGGUGCUAUGGGAUUCAAUAGCCUGGAGGUGGAGAACCUGUUUGUAAUUCUCUCGGCAAUCCUGCAUCUUGGAGACAUUCGCUUCACAGCUCUGACAGACACUGAAACAGCAUUCGUGUCAGACCUGCAGCUCCUGGAGCAAGUGGCAUGGAUGCUGCAGGUUUCGCCAGAUGAGCUUGCUUCAGCCUUAACAAGUGAUGUUCAGUAUUUUAAAGGAGACAUGAUUGUACGGAGGCACACGAUAGAGAUUGCAGAAUUUUACCGGGAUCUCUUAGCAAAAUCUCUGUAUGGUCGUUUAUUUAGCUUUUUAGUCAACACAAUCAAUUGCUGCUUUCAAAAUCAAGAUGAAACUGGCAGUGACCAGGUAUUUGAAAUUGGAGUACUGGAUAUUUUUGGAUUUGAAGAAUUUCAAAAGAAUACUUUUGAACAGCUAUGUGUCAACAUGACCAAUGAGAAGAUACACCAGUACAUCAAUGAAGUGCUUUUCCUACAAGAGCAAGCAGAAUGUGUACAAGAAGGAGUUGCCAUGGAAACGAUGUAUUCUCCUGGUAACCAUACUGCAGCCUUGAAUUUUUUCUUUCAGAAACCAUCAGGCUUUUUGUCAAUGCUGGAUGAAGAAAGCCAAUCUAUUUGGUCAGUGGAACAGAGUCUGUCUAAACGCGUUCAAUCUUACCUGGAUACAUUAGAUACAAAUACAGUAUAUUCCUCUACAAAAGAUGGAAAUGGUAACCUUGCCCCAAAAGAUCAGGGAUCCACCUUCACUGUUAUGCAUUAUGCUGGGAGGGUUACUUACGAAAUUGCUGGUGCAAUAGAAAAAAAUAAAGAUUCCCUUUCACAAAAUCUCAUAUUUCUAAUGAAAACCAGUGAAAAUGUAGUCAUCAAUCAGUUGUUCCAGUCCAAGCUGACACAAACGGGAUCACUUAUUCCUCCGUAUCAUUCCCUUAAAAUGAAAGGGUGUAAAGCAGCUUUGUUGAGUAAAAAGGCAUCUGUAGCCUGUGGAAGUGGAGAAACAAAGAAAUAUAUUGAGCUCAGCAAGCUGUUGAAAAAGAAGGGAACGUCCUCAUUUCUUCAGAGACUGGAACGAGGGGGCCCAACCACUGUGGCAGCACAGCUCAGGAAAUCACUCACAGAUAUUAUUGGGAAGCUGCAGAACUGCACACCGCAUUCCGUUCAUUGUAUAAAGCCUAAUAACUCCAAGUUGCCAGAUACUUUUGACAAUUUUUAUGUGUCUGCUCAACUGCAGUAUAUUGGCGUCUUAGACAUGAUCAAAAUCAUAAGACAUGGAUAUCCAAUACGUCUCUCUUUCACUGACUUCCUGUCAAGGUAUAAAGAUUUGGCUGAUACAGCAGCAGGAGAGAAGAAGAAGUUGUCUGCCAAGGAGAGAUGUCGUCUUGUUCUUCAGCAGUGUAAAUUACAAGGCUGGCAGAUAGGAAUCCGAAAAGUGUUUCUAAAGUACUGGCAAGCUGACCAUCUCAACGAUUUGUGCCUUCAGCUUCAGAAGAAAAUUAUAACCUGCCAAAAAGUUGUAAGAGGAUUUCUAGCUCGCCAGCGUUUGCUACAGAAGAUGAGCAUCAAACAGCAAGAAGUCACCUCAAUCAAAAGCUUCUUGCAGAACGUUGAGGAUAUGGGGUUGAAAACAUAUGAUGCCUUGGUCAUUCAAAAUGCUUCUGACAUUGCUCGGGAAAAUGACCGCCUUCGCAAUGAGAUGAAUGCUGCUUACCACAGGGAAAAGUUAGAGGCUAGAAACAGACCAGAAGAAGGCCACAAAAGAGCUGAAGACAAGGGUGGGAAGGUCUCUGAGGACAGCUUUGUCGGCUGUCGAACGCCUAAGCACUUUCAUUCCAGCUCCGUCCCCGUCCCUAUGGCAGUGGACAGCUUGGUACAUUCGGUGGCUGGGUCAUCCAUCAGAUCCCCCUCCCUCCACUCGGUGUUCAGCAUGGAUGAUAGCAGUAGCCUGCCAUCACCACGGAAACAGCCUCCUCCCAAACCAAAGAGGGACCCCAACACACGACUGAGCGCUUCAUAUGAGGCUGUUAGUGCUUGCUUGUCGGCAGCUUCUAAGGAAACCGCUAAUGAAGUACUGACCCGUCCAAGGCCACAUAGUGAUGACUACAGCACCAUGAAAAAAAUACCUCCGAGAAAACCAAAACGAAGUCCCAAUACAAAACUUAGUGGCUCUUAUGAAGAAAUACCUGGCCAAAAGCCUGGGAAUGUAAAACAGGCAAGCACAGUAGCUAAACCAGGUGGCUAUGACACUGUGACGGUACAGAGAGCUGUUUCUGCUGAUGGGCCACAACAUGGUGUGCUGAGUCUCUAUAUGUCGCAAGAAGAGGAAGAAAAUGAGCCUGUCUAUAUUGAAAUGGUGGGGAACGCAAUGAAAAGCAGUUCUGCUGAAGCAGAAAGCCCAGAACAAGGAGAGUCUGUAUAUGAAGAAAUGAAGUAUUUUCUACCAGAAGAAGGAAGCAAUGGUAGUGGAAUGAUUCCAGUAUUAACUGGAUCUCCUCCUCUGUUGUUUGAAAGCAAAAAAGAUGUUAAUGUUGAAGAUGGAACAUUGGACGGAAACAGUCAAGCUGCUUUGAUGUAUAAAGACUCAUGUGACAUUCCAGCGCCUUUCCCUAACUUGCUCCCCCACAGGCCACCACUUCUUGUAUUUCCUCCAACCCCUGUCACAUGUUCACCUGCUUCUGAUGAAUCACCUUUAACACCACUAGAAGUCAAAAAGCUUCCUGUCUUGGAAACCAACCUAAAAUACCCUGUGCAGUCAGAAGGCUCAAGUCCGUUAUCACCACAGUACUCCAAAAGCCAGAAAGGGGAGAAUGAAAGACCAGCAUCUCCAGGCUUGGUUGUGUUCAAUGUUUCCAGCAAAGUGACUCCUCCUUCCACGCCACCUCCUCCUCUCCCACCACCCCCUCCUCCUGUACCACCUCCUAUCUCCUACCGGGCUUCCACACAUUUUGCAUUUCCUCCGGAGACUUGUGCUACUUUUCUGAUUAAUACAGGGAAAACAAGUACAAACUCAGACCUGUCCAAAGUACCUCAGAGACCAAAUCCUGCUCAGCUUGGAUGCUCAUCUUCUCCAUUCUCCAAACUGCCUUACUCCCCAAAGGUGGCAAGAGCAGAUCACAGGAAAUUGAACUCUAAUUCAUCUUUUCCAUACAGCCCUACAAACUCAAGGUCAUUGACUAGUCCCCUUGAUGAGUUAACUAGCUUGUUCAACUCAGGACGGAGUGUGCUACGAAAAUCUGCAGCAGGAUGCAAGAUCAGGGAGCCAGAAGGUGCUGAAACUAAUCUGAACUUGAGGAGCAGGGACGAUCCAAAUACUUCAGAUAUUGGAUCAGAAACCCAGGAUAAAAAUGCAAAUAACCAUGGAACUCAGUCAUCGAAUCCACUGUCCAGUUCUGUGACUGCUGAAAAUGGAAAUUCAGUAUCAAAUGGUUUACCAGAGGAAAAUGAAUAUUCAAGAUUGUCAGCUGGCAGUACAGCAGGCUCAUUGAUUCAAAGACAUAAGGAGAGCCACACUAGUCAGGUUAUUCAUCAGCUUAGACUUUCAGAGAAUGAGAGUGUGGCUUUGCAAGAGCUUCUAGAUUGGAGGAGAAAGCUGUGUGAAGAGAGAGAAGACUGGCAGCAAAUCUUGCACAACACUGAGCAAAGGAUUACAGCCCCACCUCCACCCCCUUGUAAAAAGCCAACGCUGCUGAAGAAGGUAGAAGAUACCUCCUGCAACAGACUUUCUUCAGGCAUAUGGGAUACCACCAUGUGAUUCAGAUGUGUAUGUUUGCAGACUGUUCAGAAUGAAACCAUCUAAUCACUUCAAUCUGCACAAUCAGCAAGUUUUCUUCCCUUCACAAAGCGUGCAGGGAUUUUUUAUAAGCUCGAAGAGCAAAGGAUGGAGGAGCUAUUUAGAUUUGUCAUGUGUGUGUGAACAUGCGUGUGUUUGUUCUUCUCAUUUAUAUACACAUAUACAUAUAUGUGUGCAUCUGUGACUAUAUAUAUGUAUGUGUGUGUAUAUAUGGAGACAAACUACACUCUAAGUACUUAGUUUAAAAGUACAAGAGUCACUUAAGAGUUCUCCCACGGACACUGAAGAAAUGACGUUAAGAAAAUGAUGAUGGGGAGAAGUGACUGACAGGCAUUUUAGAUCAGGAAAGUCUGUGUGCACACUGUACAGCUGUUUUAUAUAGUACAAAAAGAUGAUGUUUCUUGUUCCCUAACGAAUGGUUUUAUUAUAGUACCUGUAUACAUAUAUAUAUUUCUUUGUAGAUGUCUGUGUUCUGUUGGCGUUGCAUACCUGGAUUAUUUCAUGUUUAUUACUGGUGUUUUUUAACUUGAUGCAAUUGGUGCUGUUGUUCUUUCUUCAAAAUACAGGUAAUAAAUUCAGUACUCGCAUUUUUAUUUCAUAGUUUAUCUUUAACAACACACCAAACAGUUCCAAGUCUGUGUUGUUUUCUCAGGACUCUGCAUUAUCCUUUCUGAAGUCCAAUCCUGAAAUUCCUGCAAACCUUCUCUGUGCAGGUGCAAUUUGAUUCUGUUCAGAUGAACUAGAGAACACGGUUUCUUUGUGAUGGACCUGUGUUUCUGAAUGUGUGAGCUGUGAAUUCCGCAGUUACAUCUCAAAUCUUAUUAAUUCUGGGUUUUAUAAAAUAACGAGGUGCUCAUUUCGAUUGUCAGUACGGUUUAAAAUUCAUGCCUGAUUAUGCAUAAGGUCAGGUGUCAGUGGACAUAAUGGUAAUGAGAUAUGAAAAUAGGGCUUUGGUUUACUGUUACAAGUCAGAAGGCUUUAUGGAGACGGGUAUAUCAAAGGAUUAUGUCCUUAUGGUGGUACAGUGAUGCAUUUAUAUCUCAGAUUUCAGGUAAUGAAAUGGUUUCAGAAACUGGAGCAUUCUAGUUGGCGAAUAUGAGUUCUGAGCAGUCACAUUAAUUUAUGAAAAAAUAUACUGGUGGCAACUUGUCAGCUACUGCUCAGCAGUGUUUGAAAUACUGUUUUGCCACUCAAAGGUGUAAUUUAUAUGUAUACACAGGUAUUUUGUCCAGAGCCACUUAUUUUAAGGUCUUGGAGUACCUAGAGCCAAUACAAAACACUUAUCUUGACUUUUUGCCCCAUUCCUGUUGGGAUCCAGGAAAAAGCACUUAUAAUUUUGUAAGUGGAUAUAAAACUCAUAUUUUCAAAUGCAAGCUAGGUUUUAAAAGUGAGCUCACCCUUGGUUGGAAGUCGUUGGGAAAGUAAAAAAAAAAGAAAUCUACUUAGAGGUAGGGUUUUCCACCAUGUUUGACAGAAGCUUCAAGCAGGCUGAAUGGCAAAAUACAGUCAUCGAAUCAUAGAACCAUAGAAUGGUUUGGCUUGGAAGGGACCUUAAAGACCAUCCAGUUCCAACUCCCCUGCCAUGGGCAGGGUCACCUCCCACUAGACCAGGCUGCCCAAGGCCUCAUCCAACCUGGCCUUCAACAUCUCCAGGGAUGGAGCAACCACAGCUUCCCUGGGCAACCCGUGCCAGUGCCUGACCACUCUCAUCGUGAAGAAAUUCCUCCUUAUGUCUAGUCUAAAUCUGUCCCUCUCCAGUUUGUAGUCAUUACCCCUUGUCCUGUCACAACAAGCCUUUGUAAACAGUCCCUCCCCAGCUUUCAUGGAGUCCCCCUUCAUGUACUGGAAGGUCUCUCCAAGGUCUCCUCAGGGCCUUGUCUUCUCCAGGCUGAACAACCUGAACUCUCUCAGCCUGUCCUUGUAUGGAAGGUGCUCCAGCCCUCUGAUCAUCCUUGUAGCCCUCGUCUGGACCCGUUCCAAAAGCUCCAUGUCCUUCUUCUGUUGAGGAUUCCAGAACAGUCACAUCCUUGUUUAUUUUUUACAGGGAAGCAGCAAAACUCUAGAUGUUCCCAUGUGUGUCACCAAGCUGUAGGCAGAAUCAAGCACUUUCUCCUGCUGGAGAUGAAAAUAGAUACUUUGAGGGAACAAGGAAGAGGAAGCACCAGGUUCACUCAGAAUUUUACCUUGAGAUAUCCUCUUUGUACGAUCACCUAUUUUUAUUUCAUGAAGAAGCAGACUCUGGCUCUUACGUUUAGCUGAUGGACACAUCCAUAGAUCAUUACUUUAUACAGGAGGGGCAAUGAACCACUGUGACAUUAUGAAGGAAAAAACUCUCACCCACUAAACAAUGGUGUCGAAACAAGGCUUUUUCCUGAAGGAAUUAAGGUUUCAGUCUUUUUGCUCAGAUAACCAGGACACACAGAGAUCCCUGUGUGAGAACAAAAUGAAAUGGCUCCAGAACUGGAUACAAGAGAGCUAAUUAACAUGACUUUGCAACUGCAUUGCUUCCAGGGUACAAGUUGUUAUCCCUACAUGGCACAGUGUCACUAGACAAAGCCAUAACGGCAUCUACCCAGCUAGCUUAGCUAUCCUGAACACCUCACUGCGCUGAGACAUGCAGACAUGCCCUCAGGCUUAUCUCUUCUCAAAUGGGCCUGGCAAAUAACCUUCUCAUAAACUCUAUCAUAUUGCAAACUCUAAUGCUCACUGGCCGACCUUGGCGACUGGUAGCAAUUAAUCCACAGCAGCCUGGAGGUUCAGGGCAAGCAAUAAAAACUGAGAAGCCAGUUUAGUUCAUGCCAGGAUCCCUGCUGUCACAGUGAGCUUGCUACCAGUCACCAAGCUAGCUAUUUGUAAGGUGAGCUUGUGUAUCUCCACUCGGCGCUGUUGUCAUUGCUGCAUUUAUAACAUGGGAUUAACUAGAGGGGAGGAAAUACAUUUCAUAGAAUCAUAACAUGGUUUGUGUUGGAAGAGAACCUUAAAGAUCACCUAAUUCCAAUCCCCCUGCUAUGGGCAGGGACAUCUCUCACUAGAUCAGGCUGCUCAAGGCCCCAUCCAUCCUGACCUUCAACACUUUCAGGGAUGGGGCAGCCACAACUUCCCUGGGCAACCUGUGCCAGUGCCUCACCAUCCUUGACAUUGAGAAUUUCUUCCUAAUGUCUAAUCUAAAUCUUCCCCCUUACGAUUUAAAUCCAUUCCUCCUUGUCCUAUAACUCCAGGCCUUUGUAAAAAGUUCUUCCACAGCUUUCUUGAAGGCCCCCUUCUGUUCAUGGAAGGGGCCUCUGUGGUCUCCCUGGAGGCUUGUCCAGGCUGAACAACCCCAACUCUCUCAGCCUGUUCUCAUAGCAGAGGUACUUCAGCCUUUUGAUAAUCUUUGUGGCCCUCCUCUGGACCUAUUCCAACAGUUCCAUAGCCUUUUUAUAUUAAGGAUUCCAUAAUCGGACACAAUACUCCAUCUGGACAUGGAGCCACAUAUUUGUCAAAUGGAGUUUAAAAUGGGAAAUAGUAUAAAUGUAUGUUAUACUGUUUGCAAUCCUUACUAAGCAUUGUGUUAGAGCUGUGAUCAGCUUCAGCUGUAGGAGCUCAAAUGGAGUCUAAGGAACCUUUGUGCCACUCUCUGAGAAUCUGUAUUGUGCCCUAUUACAGCGAUAUAAACAAAAUGUGGAAAUAAACCCCCAAUUUAUGUAGAUUUUAGAGCAGUUUCAUCAAUGCAGCUACAGAGGAGAAGCCAGUACAAACCUGAUUCAGGCAAUCUGGUUCUCCAGACAAUGAGCAAAGCAGAUUAUUCCCUCUCUAUGCAGAAGGCCUUUGAUCUAUUUUCUACAAACUUCAAUAGACAUAUUCUGGGGUUCUUCCUUAAAGCAUGUUACCACAGUGCAAUACCACAAACUAAAUGGCAGAAGAUACGAUGCUUUCAGUUUUGUUAUUAAUUCCAGAUUAUGUAAUGACUAACUUUUUACUUAGGAAGACUCUUCAGGAUGUUCCGUUACAAUAUAGCACUAUAGGAAUAAAGUAUUUGUGUUAAAACAUGUUUUAAAUAUUUCUUUAAUGUCAGUAAGACACUCGAGAAUGUGACUUAUGAUGUCAUAAUUCACACCUAGUGUGUUCAUUGGUCCCUUGGCCUUUGGCCUCAUGCCUAACAAUGCAGUUGGUGGGGAAUUAUUAUACCAUAAUUCACACCCUACUGUGUCUUAUUGCUUAAAUAACCAUACCCCCAGAGGUGUCUUAAAACUACCAUUAAAGUUUAUAUUGUGUAUCAAAAUGUGUUUACAGGGCUGGGAAAAUAUACUAUUGACAUUUUGAAAUGUUGAGAAGUAGUUUUAACAGAACUGUACAGUGCUUGUAAAUUAAUCUCCCCAGCGGAGUAUGCACCAGCCAAUUACAGUAUUUCUUGAGUGUAUGAAGUCCUCUCUUGCACAUUAAAAACAGCUUAGACAAAAAAAAAGCCUUAUGAAUUUAAUAUUCUAAAGGGAAAGAUUAAACUCUAUGAGCAUGCUAAUGCCCUUAAGAUCCAAUGAACAACCUAAAAUAUAUUUAUACUUGCAAUAAAGCAAUUUCAGGAAGCUGGGGUUAUCAUCAGAUAAUCACUCCUUCACAUUGUGCCUUAUUGCUUUAUUUUUUAAUAUGUGGAAAAAACAAAACUUCUAAUAAAUCAACCUGUCCUUCAGAAUGGGGUAAGAAAAAAUCAGGUAUGUUUUACACCUUAAAAAGGCAUCACUUCUAAGGGUAAGAGAAUUCUGAAACCAUAUUAAACUACAAUAAAAGAGAAAACACAAACUGUUGACAUGAGAAAUUUUAAAAACUUGCAAACCUUACUUAGAAUCAUAGAAUCAUAGAAUUGCUUGGUUGGAAAAGAACUUGAGAUCAUCAGGUCCAACUGUACCUGUCCACUAUUAACCAGUUCCCUGAGCAAUUAAUCUACCCAUCUUUUAAAUACCUCCAGGGACGGGGGCUCAACCACCUCCCUGGGCAGCCUCUGACAGUGCCAGGGAAACCUUUCAGUGAAUAAAUUUUUCCUGAUGUCUAAUCUGAACCUCCCCUGGUGCAACUUGAGAACAUUUUGUCUUGUCCUAUCGCCUGUCACUUGGGAGAAGAGAACAACACUCUCCUCGCUACAACCUCCUUUCAGGCAGUUGUAGAUGGUGCUAAGGUCUCUUCUCAACCUCCUUUUCCCCAGGCUAGACAUAGAAUCAUAGAAUGGUUUGGGUUGGAAGGAACCUUAAAGAUGAUUCAGUUCCAGCCUUCCUGCUAUGGACAGGGACACCUCCCACUAGACCAGGCUGCUCAAGGCUCCAUCCAGCCUGACCUUCAGUGCUUCCAGUGAUGGGGCAGCCACAACUUCCCUGGGCAACCCAUUCCGCUGUCUCACCACCCUCAUCAUGAAGAAUUUCCUCCUAAUGUCUAAUCUAAAUUUACCCCUCUCCAAUUUCUAGCUAUCCCUUAUAAUCCUAUCACUACAAGCCUUUGUAAAAACUCCCUCCACAUCUUUCUUGUAGGACCCCUUCAGGUACUGGAUGAUCGCUAUAAGGUUUCUGCGGAGCCUUCACUUCUCGAGGCUGUACAAUCCAAACUCUCUCAGCCUGUCCUCAUAGCGGAGGUGCUCCAGCCCUUGGAUUAUCUUUGUAGCCCUCCUCUGGGUUACAGAUUUCCCUCCAGCCCCUUCACCAGCUUCCUUGCCCUUCUCUGGACAAGCUCCAAUCUUUCUAUGUCCUUCUUGUAGUGAGGGGCCCAAAAUCAAACACAGGAUUCCAGGUGCAAAGUCAUUUAUCCCGAAUCCAGAGGCGAAAUCAGUCCUCUGGUCCUGCUGGCCGUGGUACUUCUUACUCCAGAAAUAGCACUUGGUGUUUUUCAGUUGCUGUAGUUACUUUCCUGUUGCAGAUUAUAUGAAAAAUUUUGCUUUUAAAAAUGCUUUUGAGAGAAACACGUGCACCAAUAUUUUACAAAAGAUCUGGGUACAGCAUGAAGUGAUGAGCCUGUUAAAAGCUUGUAUUGUUUACAAAACAAUAGUAUGCUUGGUGAAUAAGUGAAUUACAUUUCCCUUUUUGCCAGUGAUCUUUUUUUAUGCCUUCGAAAAAGGUUGACUUAUUUUCAUUAAUAACUUUAUUAUGCUGCAGAUCCUUUAUGUGUGGGACAAGGAAUUUCAUUAACUUGCUAAGAAAGCAUAAUAGAUUGUAGCAUAGUUCGGAAGUGAUAGUAAUAGACAUAUUCAUUGUAGUUUUUAAUUCUGCUCUGUAGUAUCCAUAUCCCUCGUAAACCUGUUAUUCUUAUCUCUAUAAAGCCUGCUAAUAUUGGAAAUGCUCGGAGGAACCUAAAAUAAGUUUUGCCAUUCGCUUGUUAAAUAAUAAAUGUAAUUACACUCUGUACAAGUUAGUUUUCCAGAAUGGUAUUAAACAUUUCAAGAAUUUGUGUUCUAAGUAUAUAGAUUUUAAAAAGAAAACACCAUCUGAGCAUAACAAUUUGACAAUACCUGAACAAAACAGAAGGGUAUAUAAGGUAAUGCUUUUUUUUUUUCCCCUCAGUGUUACUGUUCUUUGUAUCCUCAGGAUUUUCAUUUUGAGAAGAAAUAAAUAAAUAAAUCCCAGUGCUGGCUUAUAUUGUGGCUGUGAGAAUUAGAUCGUUAAGCAAAGACUGUCUGUCCUCUCCUGUGGCUUGGCUCAUCCCCUGAUCACAUGAAUGUGUGCUGGAUCUGGUUGAAUCAUGGAUUUUGCUAUGAAGUGUGUUAGGCAAAAAUUCUGUCAAGUCAUGUUAUGACUUUUUGAGGUUUUUGGAUUUAUUACAGUAAACAAAAAAAACCCCCUUGAAUCAUCUAGAAGUAUUUAUUUCAACAUUAAGUAGCUUGUUUUGGUUGUCAUAUGUUUGAAUAAAAUCUCCUUUUAGCCCUUUCUCAUUUCCUUUCCUUUCAACUUAGGUUAAUUUUCAGACUUCUUUGAUGAGAAAAAAAAAAAAGUGGUUCAAAGCAAUUACAGCAUAACUUUUGAGUUUAAUUUUUAAUCUUGAACAAUUCCCUUUAAAAAAAUACUGAAAUUAAAUAUUUCAAUAUUUUCAACAUGUUUUUCUCAUUUUUCUUUUCCAGCUGAAAUUGUUUGUUGGCUGCAGUCUG